CUUUGGGAAUACAUCCAUCCUAUAAUUUUACUGGCACCUACUUCUUCUUCUUCUUCUAAACCAUUCGUCCGACCAUUAAUAGUUCAAUGAAACUAUGGCUCUGUGGGCGCGUUCAUCAGCAUUAAUAUUAAGCCUGGCUCGUCCGGGGUUACAAAGUGGAAGCUUUAAUCGCUAUCCGGUCAUCGCUCAGGGUCUGGUCAAGAGGAGUCAUCAAACCGAUUCCACUGAAUCUAAAUACCAAUCCAUCACUUCCAACCUCAAGGAUAUCUCUCAGAGUGCUCGAGAAGAGGCCAAGAGCAACCUUGGCACCGUCGUCAGUGCGGUCAGUGGUCUCAAGGGAGCUACGGAUCCCUCCAAUCCUUCACAGGGUGUCAACCCGGGAAGAAAUCCUGCAGAAAACCCUGCUCAGAGCUCGGCGAUGGCUUCUAACUUGACUUCGUUGCUUAAAUUGGUGCAAGAAGUACCCCGUGGAGCGUUGAUAUUCGGGUCAGCCGGCUUGGUCCCAUACUUUGCGACUUCCUUCACCACCGUGUAUCUUGCUCGUCAGGCUUUUCUUGCGGAACGUGGAUUGCCGGCCAAGUUUGACGUCGAUACCGCACUGGCUCUGCUUUACCAUAACGAGAACUUGCAGGUGACCUAUGGUGCGGUGAUUCUAUCCGCAUUAGGCACGAUUCACUGGGGUAUCGAUUUUGCUUUUCGAGGUAUGCACGCCAAUCAAGCUGGUCAGCCCCAGGGGACUGAAAGAUAUUGGCUCGGGGCUUUGCCGGUGGUCUUGGCAUGGCCGACGCUGCUGUUACCAAACCAACUAGCUCUUGCCUCACAAUGGGCGGCAUUUACCAUUGUCUGGUAUGCGGAUAUGCUUGCAACCAGUUGGGGAUGGACCCCUCGAUGGUAUUCGACCUAUCGCUUCGGAUUAACGGCGAUCGUCGGUAGUAGCUUACUAGUCACCUUGGGCGCAAGCAGUUACUGGUCUUUGGAUGACGUCGAAUAUGCUUCGAUGAGCAAGAAAUUACAAUCGAUCCAAGACGACCAACUUUCUCAACACAUUCACUCCGAGGACGGAAGCGUUGGGGGUGGUAGGGUGGAAGGGGUGAUGAACAAAGAUACACCGAUGGGAAGUGUCAGCGGAGAUAAAGCUUUUGUAAAAAUCACUGACGUGGCUGGUGCGAAGCGCAAGCAACUGGAGAAGGCCGAAGCUUGAAUUCAGAAAACAUUGUUUUUUUUAAAAAAAACAAGCAAAGACAACGAGCCUUUUAGCUUAGCGUGUAUAACAUAUUGUCAGUGUUGUAUUGAAAUUUGCAUGAAUUUCCAUAUAUUCAAUGUACAUUUUUAUGUUAUCAAUCGCAUGAGAUUAUAUGACGAUAAGGAGACCGAAUGUUAUGGUACUUGUAUGCCCAGCUCGACUUCUACCCACCAAUUAUCUGCUUCCCAACCGUGACGUUUGAUAAGACACCAGUCAUUCAGAUGAGGGGGAGUAGACUCGGGAAGAUCUGAGUCCAGUUGUGUGAAUGAAAGCUCAAGGGAUUCGGCGGCACACUUGACCAGUUCAAUCAAUUCUCCCUCGCGAAAUAGAUGAUAGUAUCUGUUAUAGGUCGUCAGCUUGUCGGUCGAUUUUUGAUCGGAGUUAUUGUUGAGAACCCAAGGAACUAAGACGUCCUGUAAGUUGGACAGUUCUUCAAACUUUUCCAAGUCAGGUUCAAUGGAGCUCGUCGAUGGAGAUGAUCCAAGUUCGGGUGCAGGUAAAAGAGUCCCCUUGGCCCACUUUCGACGGGAUUUUUGACCCUGUUCGUGAGCCCAGACAAAGAUGAGGAUCCGACCGGUA